AUGAAGAAUUGCCAGAAUAUUUCACGACUAAACGCAUAUCACAAUGCUCUACAGACACUGCAGCAGGCUGGAAAGAAACUUUUUCCAGUAGUGGCAUCCAACCACCGGACUUACACAGCCUCCACGUGCACACAACUUUCUGCAAUAUCUGUAGCAUCUGGACUUCCUCCUUCUGGACAUCUUUCUUUUAUCCUCUCCGGCGUUGACAUGUCUUUCCUAGAUCUAUCCAAUGAAAUACUUCUAGAGAUUAUCAACUACUUACAACGCACCUGUACAGCCAUCUUGCGAUGCUCGAGGCGGCUGCAUGGUGUUGCCGGGCCUGUUUUGUACUCAAGUGUACAUUUAAAAUACCCUAAGUCCUAUAUGAGGUUCAUUCGAACGAUUGUGAGAAAUCCAGAUUUGACUGCAUAUGUUCGGCAUUUUCGAACAGUGGGUCACCCGUAUGGAUCGGACUUUGAUCUCUCCUUCUUAACACUCGAAGAUCGAUCUUGGGUCAGAAACCAGCUCCCGGAUUCUAUCUAUGGGAGAUCAACCUGCAAUAAAUGGUUCAAGCAGAUGUUCUUUUCAUCAAUAGUCAGCUGGUUGGAUGUGCCGAUAUACUGGGAUGCCAUCACCGCUUUCCUGAUGACUCUUUUUGCGGCAAGACUCGCAACAAUACGGAUAGAUUCAUGUGGUUGGAAUGCCGACAGAUAUCGGUACAUAGAAAUGGUCUUGAAAUCCACCAAGUCUCCAAGUCGUUUCCAGCAUCUGGAAGAAGUGACACUCAACCCAAUUGACAACCACGGCACAGAAACACCAGUACAUCUCAUCAUCCCAUACAUGCAAGUCCUUUCCGUCACCAAAUUCAGAGCCUCAAAUGUCAGCCUGGCUCGGGUCCCGUCCAAGUUAACCUUUAAUGUGAGGGAUUUGACGCUGGAUCGGUGUCUCUUAAAUGGACACUCACUGAGGUCGUUCUUGUUAUGUUUCCAUUCUCUGAAGCACAUUAAAUAUUACCAUACUGGCCGUGACAUCUCCACGCUGGUUGCUUCCGACGUGUGCAGAGGACUGGCAAACUCGAAAGAUAUACUAGAGGACUUGGUCCUGGUUCAUAUCCCAAGCGAGGUUGAGGCGUGGUCAGGCAACGACAGCGCUCCAAGCGACGAAGACGGUGAGCUCGCUGCUAGCAGUGGUGCCGAUAUUGAGGUAUCCAAGCCUGAGGUUGUGGAAUCACUACAGUUAUUCACAAAGCUGAAAUUCCUACAGAUCGAAAGUAUAUUUCUUCUCCCUUCGAAAUCACGACGACAUUCGCCUCAAACUAACUUCGACUCCCUCGACUCCUGUAGGGAAAACGACCACACGGCUCUUGUCGAUUGCUUACCCAACAGCCUAGAGCGUUUAACUCUCAACAUAUCCCCUGGAACUCAAUGCUAUGUUUCGCAGCUCUUGUCGAGAGACAUGCUUAAUACCAACAAUUCGGGUCUAGGAUCUGUUCAUUUGCUAUUCAGACACAGCUAUACGCGGGAUGGCAAGCCGAUGAAGCCAAAUAUUGGCCGGCUGGAGGAGUUGAGAGGCUUGACAAGGGAGGAGGGUGUGGACUUGUCGUGGAAUUGUAUGUGUGGUCUAUUGAAGCCUUUUCAGUGUUACGAGAACUUUGUGUAAUGUAGCAGGGUUCCACUGAUAGGUUCAUUUGUGACAUUUGUUGCUCUUGAAGCCAUCUUCGAGCGGCUGCUUCGCUUAGAUCGCAGACAUUGAAAGGGAGGUCGAACUGGGAUCCUCAUACGACAUUAUUCUUGCAAAAAGACAUCUGCAAAGUAAACCUUCUGUUCAAAAUACGUGAACUGUUGUUGAGUGAGGUGGUCCAUUAUUUGGAUUUCGGUCUUCCGAGAGCAGGAAAUUGAUGAGAAGAAUGUUGAGCCACGUGCAAAGACCUGACCAAAUUGUAUUAAGUGUAUCCAGAUCGAUAGAUCUUAUCUAAAAUAUCUAAAGUAAUCUAUGCUCGAUUCACAAAGCUGUC